AGUAAUUGUACCUGUCAAGUACUCCGGCCUGUACCUCCCACCUCUCCCUUUUUCUUUACAUUCCUCAUUUCUUUAUAUACUUAAUAGCGAUCUCUCUGUUUCUCCCACAUUCUUAACUCCCUUUGCUCUCUUCUAAAUUCUCGGCACUUCCUUCUACUCUUCUUUUGCAAUGAAGAAGCUCAUUCGUAGGUUUUCGCGCGUAGCAGACUCCUCAGAGUAUUCCCUACUUCUUGCCGAGUCCACGUCAUCAUCUCGUCGCCGACGUUUUCAAUCGUUCAGAAACGGUAAGCCCGGAUCCGACGAAGUCCCUGAGGGAUACGUUCCUGUGUACGUAGGCGAAGAAAUGGAGAGGUUUAUUGUCAGCGCUGAGCUCCUUAACCACCCGAUUUUCGUCAAUCUCCUUGAUAAAUCUGCACAAGAAUAUGGUUAUGAGCAGAAAGGCGUUCUUCGUAUCCCCUGCCACGUCAUCGUCUUUGAACGCGCCCUCCAGGCUCUUAGCUGUUGAGCAGUCGGACUAGUUUGUUAGGUAGAGGCGUGUAGCAGAUAUUUGCCGUCCUAUUAGUUGGAGAUCGUUUUUUUUUUUUUUCCUUUUUAUAAAUCGUGUAAGUACAUUCGAUAAUGAAAAAAGUGCAGAAAGCUACGAAAAACUUAGGUCUGA